AUGUCGACGGGUGAAGUUAAAAAAUCAUUGUUAUUACCUAAAUCAGCAUCUCCCGACUCCCAUUGGCAGUCUCUGACCACUGCAACCUCCGUCUUUCCAUGUCUUCUCGGCGUCUCUGACUUGGUGAAGGUGAAGCCAAAUCUGGAUCCAAAAUCGAAACCGAAAUGUUCAGCAAAGAAGCCACCUCCCAAAAGGCGUCGAAGACGUCGUCAGCCCUCUACCUGGGAGGGGGAAGAAGGCGUGAAGAUAGAGAUGGAGGAGGAAGAAGAGGGGGAUGAUUUUACCUCUCCUAAAUUUUACUAA